CUAUUUGAUAGAUAUUUACCGUAAUAUUUGAAUCUUUGUCAACUUCGUGUCAUAUUACAUAGGCAACAACAAAAAAAAGAUCCAAGUACUAUACAUUGUUUGAAUGAUGUUAAAAGAUAAGAAAAAUGAUGCAGAACAUGAAGUUACCUUUACAGUUACAGUUGCUAAAGCUGCCUUAACAUCUGAUGGUUUACAAAGCAAAAAAAUGCCUAAAGUCCAAAGUUACUUCCACUGUGAGUAUAAGUUACUUCCUAUCGAUGAUGACUAUUCCCAGUUUGAUGUCAUUUCAUUUGGUAUUGCUGCAAAGUUGUACAAUGGAGGAGAAUCAAAGGUAUUAAGGACAUUCCAGGAUGAAAAUAAAACAUGGGUUGUAUGGAAUACUAGUCGAAGAGUGCUUAUUGACAAAAAGUUACUACUAGAUACGUUUCAUCACACGGUCGAGUUGAAUGUUUGGAACUCAAAAAAAAGAGUAUCUAGUCAGGCAAGGUUUGAUCGACCAAAAGCUUUUUUCAUACCAAAGAUGCUGAGAUAUGAUGAAGUUGAUUUAGAUUUUAUAAAAAAAAUGCUUAUCCAAGAGGAAAAAGAUUUUAGUUUUGACGUAUUUAAAAAGACAAAAUUAAAAACGUAUUCAAGUGACAAUUUGGCAUUAUUAAAGAAGCGCUACAUUGAAAAAUCUGAAAAGUAUAUAAAUGUUCAAGUGCGUUUGAAUGCAAAUAAUGAGCCUGAGUUAAAAAACAUUUUUAUGUUGGCUUCAUCUGGUGAUAAACCACUUGUUUUUGAUACUAAAGAAGAAGAUUUUAUGGGUCAUACAUAUAAUCUAACAUCUGACGUUACUGAUAGCUCUUCUUGUCAGUUAGCUGAAAAAAAAAGAAAUGUUGUUAGAAAAGAUUCCAAGGGAAUAAUAGGCGCCAUCAAAAUUCCUUUGUCAGACUUUUUCAGUGGUUCUACUGUUAAAAGUGCAAAAUUGCAUACCGAACAUUCUUUAUUAACUGAUGUAAUAAUAAUUAUUAGUCUUGACAAACCGUUGUUAUCAAGUAAACAGAAUCAUGAUCUAAAUCCUAUGGUUAUUACAGUGGCAUCAGCUACAAACAUGCCUGAUAAACUUUUAUCAUUUAAUGACUUAAAAAACAGAUGUCUACCACCAUAUGUCCGUUAUUGUUUGUUUGAAAAUGAGCCUCACACUAGUUUAUACAAAGAACAUGGAUCAACUAUUCACUUCAAUGAUAGGUUUAUAGUUUUACUGGGGUUGAUAAAGAAAAAUAAACUUAUUGAAUACUUGUUAGGCCCUCCUUUCAAAAUAGAAGUUCAUGAUAGAGAUCCUAAACCUUGCAUCGCACCUGCAGCUGCUUUGUUUGGUGAAAAGGAUAAUGAUCCUGAAAUAUCAACUCUAGACUAUUUAGUGAAUCCUCCUCAUGAAGGUUUUUUUGAACUUAGCUAUGGAGUUGCUGAAUUUGAUCUUUCAGAAUUAGUAACUGGUAAACAGUUAUAUAAAAUGGUAUCUCUUAUAAAAACCCAUUUUGAAUCAAAUAAUGGAGAACAUAUAAAUUAUAAUGAAGCUGAGAAAAUUCCAGAAGGUAAUUACACAGAGUCUGGAAGUGAACUAAAGGUCCAAAUAAAGUUAGCAAGAAAUCUAGGAUAUCUUAUUAAUCGUACAGUUAUUUCAGGAAGCUUAUCUUCAAUCAACACAAGGAAUAUAAAUUUUGAGUGUCCAUUUAACAGAAUGGUGUUUAUAGUUGACUAUAGUUAUAAUUGGUUUAUUCAAAACUUGCUAGAAUUGGUAAGCAAGAUAAAUGAUGCAGCUUUAAAUUUAACAGUCUCACAUCAAACUUUAAAACCGUUUUCACAAAGCCAACUAUCUGAAGAACAGCUUUUUGACAAAUCUCUUGAUGUUAUCACUGGCUGUCAUAUAGCAGAUGGAAUAUUACAUAUUGUUUUUCUUGAGGGUUUGACUUAUAGUAGCAUUGACAAGCUCUGGAAAGAUCUUAGUCAUCCAGAAAAAAGAGAAAGUUCUGUGUUUCGUAUCUUAUAUAACUCUAAAAUGUCAUUUUCGAUGCGACUUUACACAUCAUUGGAUUUUAACACAAGAUGUAUUAAAUUGAACCAACCAAUAUCAAUGAUUGUUAAGCAUUCAUUGAUUUAUGUCCGCAUGUUUCCACGACUUUGCUUUAAAGCCAUUCAAAAAGUUUUUCAGCUCUGCAGUUGUGAAAGUCUAUGUUGUGCAUCAAAAACAGAACUAUUUCCAUCAAAUGAGAUGAUUCUUGCAUUGAAAGAAGAAUUUGGUGUUUUACUUGACGCUAAACAUUAUCAUGCGUUAGGAAGUCAUCUAGAAACUGGAUCUGAAUACAGUUUAAGUUCAAGUCAAGAAUUAUAUAUAAAUACUUUGUUUGAGGAAGUUGAAAAGAAAUUUUCAAGCUCUUUAAGGGAAAAAGUUGAAACCAGGUUGCCUGAUGUAAUAAAGCAAAACCACUAUAAGGAUAUGGAUAAAAGGAAAAAAGAAGAAAAGAAGUGUACUUAUGCAAAGGAAGACCUCACUAUUCAAAUCUUAUCAGCACAGACAAAGGAAAGAGAAAGACGGGUAAAGAAAUUAGUUUUGAACGAUCAAAUUCGAAAAAGGCACAAAAAAUUUAUCACUCUAGAGUGUAACAGCAUUGGUAUUGGAACGACCGAUUAAUCUUUAAAUUCAUAGAUUAUUGACGAUGAAAAUAAUUCAAAUUUUUAAUAAAGUUGUCUGUCAUUAUCAUGAUAAUGACAUUAGCAUGAUAAUAACAUUAUUAUGGUAAUGACAUUAUCAUGCUAAUGACAUUAUCAUGAUAGUUACAUUAUCAUGAUCAUCAGCACUAACUCAUAGUUAACUUGCAAAAAGCAAAGCCCUGCUUGUCUUUGAUUUUAUAUUUUACCUAAUUUUCUUGAUAUAUAAAAUGCUGUGAAUAUUAUCUUACAAUUUCAGAAGUGUAUUUCCGGAAGUUAAAUCAAAAUGGUAACGAAUUGUAAAAAUACUAUAAGAAUAGAAUUAUACAAAUAAAACAUGUGUAUAUAGAAUAAAAUGUAUUUAUAUUAAUGAAAUUUAUUUUUUUUAUUUUUUUUGUAACACAACCUUCUUGAAACAAAUUAGGAUUUGAACAAAUUAUCAAACCAAUCCAGUUCUCGAGACAGUCUUAACGAUUCGCUUUGAAAUAAACGAGGCAAAAGUGGAAAAGCGGCUGGUUACUCUUCUGAUAAACAUUUAUUCAUUGAGCAACAAUUAUUUGAAGAAAUUGUUUCUAUAAAACAUACAGGUUGAAUUACAGAUACAUUAUUCUUUGCUUUGAAAUUUAUUAUCUUGCUUCACAAAA